AAGCAGCAUUAUAUAAGCGGUUGGAGUCUUGCGCAUGCGCAGUGGAGUCAGUGCGUGUCUGAACGCGCUCCUGCAGGAGAUGCUGAGCUCAGAGUGAUGGGAGACAGCAGGAGGACAAACAUCCGGAUAGCACAGAUGUGAAGAUGGCAUCUUGCCCGGAGUUGUGUGGCUCGGAGUAUGGUGACGGAGGGCCUCAGCGCUACGGCGUUCGCUCCUACCUGCACCAGUUCUACGAGGACUGCACCUCCUCCAUCUGGGAGCGUCACAAUGACGAGUUCCAGGCACAGAGAUCGCCCAGCCGGUGGAGCUCUGUCCUCUGGAAGGUCUCGCCACAUCCUCAAAUUUCAUUUGGUGUGUGUGGCAGUCGGAGUGGUGAUCUUGGUCUCAGGUCUUUCGGUGCUGCUGGUGGGUUAUGCUACGCCCCCACGUCUGGAGGCGUUCGGAGAGGACGAACUGCUGUUCGUAGAUGGCCGUGCUGUGCGCUUUAACCGUGCCCUGGACGCCUGCAAACUGGGCGGAGCUGUGCUCUUCUGCGUGGGCGGAGCCGGCGUGGCAGCUGGUCUCAUAUUGUUGGCUGCCUGCGGGCAGGGUGGAGCUAAAGAUGAGCUCCACCGCCAACGGCGCUUCAAAGAGCGACUAGCAGAGAUCCAGGCGUCUGUUCCUAACUCAGGAGAUGCCAAAGUUCCUGUCACACUGUCCAAAGUCCAGAACAUCCAACCUGGCGCUGAACCCUGACCUCCCGAACAUUUUAUUAUUAUACAACACAUCAACAUGAUAUCUUAGUAGAACAGCACACAUUACAGCUGAAGAAUGCUUCACCAAUCACAGUUCAGGAAAAAAACACAAAGUGAUGCAACCAGUUGGUCAGCCUGGUUCUGUGUAGUGCUGAAAGAUCGCGCUGAACUCAAAUAAAUCUGAUUUAAUCUAAGCUCAACUAUGACUCAUAAAUCUAAGCUAUGACUCAUUUUGUUAUUGAGAUAUGCUGCAUAUUUAAGCUAAGCAUAUACUAACAAAAAAGAUCGAAUUAGCUUAGCAAAAGAAUCCAUUAGCAGCCGCUAAAUGUUGCUGUUAGAUGCAGGAGUUAUAUUUUUCUGUUAAAUGGAAAACUCUGACCAUCUUAAUGAUGCUAAUGUAGUAUUUAUGCUGAGAAAAUAUACGAGAUUUUUUGCAUAAUUAAACCAUGAUGAUUAUUAAAUCUAUUUUACAGCAGUUUAAUUCUGCUAUUAAUUUCAUGACACGUUAAAAUGUAGUGUGUUCCUACUAGCAAGCGACAAAGGGACUUCUACACUAUAUAAAUACUGAACUGUAGGACAGGCCACACCCACAACUGACAAACUACAAACGACUUCUUGCUUGAUAGUGUGAACAUUUGGUCUAGGUUAUAUAACUGUAGCUAACAAUCCUAAUAAUGUCAUUCAUUGCUUUUGUAGCGAUGACUUUUCAAGUCGCUUUUAUUUUGUUUUGAGAUGACAUCAUUGUCAUUAUCACUACCCACUGAACUAGCUAUAUAACUGUACAAUUAUUUCUGCCUUCUGAACAACAAAUCCUCAACGUAUCGUCCGAUAAGAACCAGUUUCUCCAAACAUGUUAUAACAGAAUAUUUGUUAUAUAAGUCUAUAAAAAAUAUAGUUAAAAAUGUCUGGCAUUUUCUGUGUACACAACCAAAUUUCUGAAAAAAUCUGAAUUUUAAGUUUUGCUCAUGAAGCAACAAAGAACCUUCAGAAGUCUGUUUAAAGUCUGUUCUUGGAUAUGGACAUUUUGUGUGUCGUCAUGUGCCUUUUUUUUUUGUCACAGUUUUGUUUUGGAAUGUGUCGAGUGUUGUACUGCGGACAUCUCUUGUGUUUUUGAUGUUUUCCACAUUUCAAGUUUUCUCCCAACAAUGCUUCAAAUUUGUAAUUUCGUAUCUGUUUUGACUGACAGGAAAAAAAAAUAAAUCGUAUUUAUUCUAAUUGGGGAAAAAUUAUUUUGGACAACAAUUGUGAAAUUCCUUUGCGACUUAUUUUGAAUUAUUUGUUUUUACCUUCUCAUGUACAACAGUGUCACAGAGUGGAACAGACAAGCCGGGUUUGUCGGACGGUUUCUGUUCGGAAUGUACCAUAUUGGUAAACACAAUAAAAGCCAGGUCUCAAAUCUG